AUGGGAGAUCUCGCGGUGGUUACAACAAAACCAAAGGAGCCAGGAUCAUCAUCGAUAAAGUGUCCCGUAUUGAAUGCUACAAAUUAUACUGUAUGGGCAAUCAAGAUGAAGAUAUUAUUGAAGCUACAUAAGGUUUGGGAUAUCGUUGAAACAGAAGGAACAGACGACGAGAAAAAUAACAUGGCCAUGGCGUUGCUGGUUCAAUCGAUACCCGAAGCUUUAGUGUUACAGGUUGGAGAGUUAGAUACAGCAAAGAGGGUUUGGGACGCUAUCAAAACCAGACACAUGGGUGCUGAUAGAGUCAAGGAGGCUAGAUUACAAACUUUAAUGGCAGAAUUCGACCGGCUGAAGAUGAAAGACAACGAGACUAUUGAUGAGUUUACUGGUAGGAUCUCCGAGAUAUCCACAAAGUCUGCUGCUCUUGGAGAAGAGAUAGAGGAAUCAAAACUCGUCAAGAAAUUUCUGAAAAGUCUUCCACCCAAGAAAUACAUUCAAAUCGUGGCAGCGUUGGAACAAGUUCUAGAUCUUAAGAAAACUGGUUUCGAGGACAUAAUUGGUUGA